CACCGAAAUAUGGGGCGGAUUUGUUGACUGUCAGACCGGCCGGUUGGGUUUCUUUCUCCGAAGGACAAGACAAUGUAUGUUUAUCAUAAGCGUUUUAAUCCACAUGACCCUUUAACAAUAUGAUCGUUUGAGAUUUAUUAUAUUUUUUUAAAUAAAAAGUCUAUUGCAUCUGGCUGGAUACUACUCAUGGAAAAUGAAGAUAAUCUCUCGGAUGAAUUUCGGGUGCAUGUUGUCAUUCCGAGUAAACCCAAUCCAAUACUUGAAAAACUUAUUGUAUUCAAAGUAUACAAGAGGAGAUGGUUCAUUUUGUUCGUGCUGUGCUUGCUAAAUUGCUCGAACUCUAUGUUAUGGCUGACCUUUGCUCCAGUGGCGGACCAGUCAGCCCAGUUCAUGGGUGUCACCCUGGACCAGAUCAACUGGCUGUCCAUCAUUUAUAUGGUGGUGGCCAUACCUCUCAGCUUUGGGACCACAUGGAUGCUGGACACUUUAGGGCUCCGAAUCACAUUGGUGCUGGGUUCAUGGCUUAACAUGUUGGGAGCUGUGCUGCGUUUCGUGAGCGUCCUGGGGAGCCUUGUCAGUGCGGCCAAAUUCCCUGUGGUGAUGGGGGGCCAGACCCUGUGUGCCCUGGCUCAGCCCCUGGUCAUUUUCACACCCACCAAGCUGGCAGCGCUCUGGUUCCCAGAGCACCAGCGGGCCACUGCCAAUAUGAUAGCCUCCAUGUCAAAUCCCCUUGGGAUUCUUGUUGCUAGCAUCUUUUCCCCUAUGAUUGUGGGGACCACCAACAACAUCUCUUCAUUGCUGUUUAUAUAUGCUGUACCAGCAACCAUCAUCUGUUUCCUAGCAACAGUUGGGAUCCGUGAUAGUUCCCCCCCAACGCCCCCCUCAGCCAGUGCAGAAAGCUCCACCUCGGAGCCCUUCCUGGAGGGAAUCAUGCUGUUACUGAGGAACAAGGCUUACAUGAUUCUCCUGCUGUGCUUCGGCUCGGGGAUCGCUGUAUUCACCUGCUUCUCUACACUGCUGGAGCAGAUCAUGUGUGUCCGAGGGUACCCUAAUGACUUUGCAGGACUGUGCGGGGGUCUCUUCAUUGUUUUCGGUAUUGUCGGGGCUGGUUUCCUUGGACUGUACGUCGACAAAACCAAGAAGUUUAUAGAGGCCACCAAGGUUAACAUGAGCCUUUCAGCACUGGCCUGCAUUGCCUUUUCAGUGGUAUCUCAGAUGCGGAAUCAGAGAAUAGCCUUGGCCGUUGUUUGUUCGCUCUUCGGCUUUUUCGGCUUCUCCAUUUACCCGGUUGCCAUGGAGUUGUCUGUGGAGUGCUCCUACCCGGUUGGAGAGGCCACCUCAGCUGGCCUCAUCUUCAUAUCAGGACAGAUCCAGUCAGUUAUCUAUAUACUGCUUCUUCAGGGGUUGACCAAACCAAUGGCCGACUCGCCCUUCUCUACCUGUUCUGCAGAUGCGUCCUUGAGUUGGAGGGUGCCCAUGCUGGUGAUGGCAGGUCUGUGCAGUGCCUUUACCUGCUGCUUUGUUAUCUUCUUCCACACGGAGUACAGGAGACUGGACGCUGAGGCACAGGCUAUUGGAAAAAAGCCAACUCUGACAGCAUGCCAAACCGUAACAAGCCAAACUCUGACGACUCGCCAGACUCCAACAACAAGCCAAACUGACAACACACAAGACUCUGACCAAAAGGAGGAACAGGCCAGUGGUUAACUGAACUGCUGUUGAGAUGACCACCUCACUGGCAUUGUUUCAGAAGGAGGCCAAGUGUAUUGACUUACUAAUACAUUCCUUUAUAUAUAGAUCAUUUAACUUUAUAGUACAUAUACAGUAUCUAGACCGGCGGGUUGCCUCUCACAAUGUAUCAAUGCUCCAGCUUACAUGUCUGAAGAAGUUCUGGCGUCAGUUGGGACAGAGGACAAAUUGGAUAUGGGAUGCAUAACACCUAGUGCUCUUGCUCCUAUGUCUAGGUUUCUAGUAGAAAUACCAUAUAAAUGUCUGAUUACUAUUGUAAGGAAGGCAUUUCGAAUGUAACAGUAAUCAUCUGAAGUGAAUGAUUAGAUUUUAUGGUGGUGGUAAACUGGGCUUUCCUUUUUAAUACAGGUUUGCACCGAAUAGCACCUUUGCCCUGAGGCAGAGCAGAGUUGAAGUCAUUUCUGCUCUGUAAAAGUGGACAUAUUUCACAUGCAAAAGAAAUCCAAAACCUGAAUUGACUAGAAUUUCAAUGGAAUUAAACUGAUGUAGGUGGACAUGUAUGAAUUUGGGGUGUAAACAAAAGUUAAUUUAAAAAAAACAUACUGUAAUUUCCGGACUAUAAACCACUACCUUAUUCCCACACUUUGAACCUCGCGGUUUAUCUAAUGACGCGGCUAAUUUAUGGAUUUUUCCCGCUUUCACAAGAUUC